UCAUGUGACCUUAGUAGCCUUGACCAAUCAGAACCAUCGUUAUGAAGCUGGCGGGCUGUCAAUUUUAUCAGUCAAGAUGGCGGCGCACAAGGAUCACCACCGCCGACAGAAAACGUGUGAUAUUCGGCCUGCAUAUAGAGUUGGCAGACGUGAAACAGCUGUGAAAGUGUAUACAAUCAACCAGGAGUCACGGUUUCUGUUAAUCCAGGGUGUGCCAGACAUCAAAGUGACUGAGGAACUGCUGAAGCUGUUUUCUUUGUACGGCACCAUUGAAGAAUAUCGUAUCUUGGAGGAUUACCCAGCUGAGGCAUUCACAAAGGUCUACUGGAUCAAAUAUACUGAAUUACAAGCAGCAAGGGCAGCCAAGCGAAAGAUGGAUGACCGUCCAUUCUAUGGGGGCACACUCCACUUGUCUUAUGCCCCGGAAUACGAGUCUGUGGAAGACACCAGACAUAAGUUGCAGGAACGUAGAAAGGAUAUUGCCAGACGGCUGAGGAAACUGCACAAGGAAUGCAGUGCCAAUGUGUCUGCUGAUAACAGUGGUCAGUCUUCCUCAACUGUACAGGGCAUUGAUGAGCCCAUUGAUGCAAGGUCUAGCUCUCAGACUUCUUCUGGUCAGGACUUAUGUACAAGCCAACUGAUUGGCCCACAGAAGCCAGACUCGGCCUUAUCCCUUCCGGCUGCUAGUUCUGUAGACUUGCAUCAGUCUGUUGACAAAUCUAGUUCAACAUCACUUGGUGAUUUCAGCGAGAACGUACCAAAGCAGCUUCCAGCCCCACCAAGGCCUUUACCUGUCUGGGAAUGGGAAGAUCCAGUGUCAUCACAUGACCAGUAUCCACGGUUACCAACAGCUCACGCCACCCUACCUCAAAAUUUCAACCCCUACCCCGAUGGCUAUGAACCUGUAAUACCAGGCAAUGAAAAAAAACAACAUUGUGAAGAAGGCAGGAACCUAAUGCCUGUAUCAGAACCAGUCAAAAAUACAGAGGGGCAGCCUGUGACAGAUGUGGGUGCAUUGGACCCUGUGAAAACAGGGGCAAGGCCGAAAUCGAAAUUCCCAGCAAGGAGAAACCAACCGCCUUGUUUGAGAUUUUUAGACCGCAUCGCUUGGCGGGAUGCUGAUAAACAGAAAGGAGUGUCGGCAAGAAAUGAGACUGGAUCUCAAGAUGGGACCUCUACUGAAUAUAGAACACACCGUGGUACCGUAAAAAGACCCCACCCCAACCAGUAUCCUGACCCAUCCUACCAAAGCACAGCUCGUGCUCUACCGGACCCACAAACAUCAUUUGUUCCUCGGCAGUUGCAAGGCAAACGGAAGCAUUGUAAUCGUAUGCCCUCUCAGCCAGAGCUAGCAAAAUUUGAAUUAAGUUGUGAUGGAGGGGUGGGGCAGUCAGAGAGAAGGGGACAUGGCGGGGCUGGUUCAACAGAAGACCAGCUGCCACUGAACACAGGAAGUAUAUCAUUUGACAGGACGGUGCAAGAUAUCAGGAGACAAAUGAGAAAUGUUGUACCAGGAUCCAGUCGGCUCGCAAGUACACAGUAUCAAGCAGCACCUCCACCCCAACCUGCAGCUGCGGCAGCACCAGCAGCAGCAGCAGGAGAUGCAGCAGAUGGUCCGUCGGCAACCAAACGCUUGAGGAUCUGAUUGAUUGCUGCUAAUGACAUUGCAACCAGGAAGGCAGUAAAUGGAACUGUUCAAGAGCUGGAGGACCCCAUUGAAUUGAAUGAGGUGAGAAGUCAAAGGUCAUGGCCAUAAAGCAAAGACAAUGGGUCAUGUGAAUAAAAAGUAGCAUUUGCUUUUACUACCAUUUGUGAAGCAUUUACUAGUGUUUGUAUGAAUAAUAACGAAGCAAAUGCUAUUACUUCAGUGCAAUUGCUAAAAAGUAAAAGUAUUUACUUUUUACUCUUUAAGCUUGUGCUUGACAAUAAGCAGUUUCAUU